AUGGAGGCGCCUGAAUACUUGGACCUGGACGAGAUCGACUUCUCCGACGAUUCUGCGUAUUCUGUGUCAUCGCUGAAGAACAUCCCAGAGCUGUCGAGGAGGAGCGAUGGAGCUGAUGACAGAGCAGCCCCUGGUGUGCCCUGGAGCCGCGGCGUCUCUGCUCACGCUCUGUCCGAGGUCCACAGUAAGUUCCGACCGGUCAAACGCGUCUCUCCUCUGAAGCACCAGCCGGACCCCAACAGCACUGAACCCGACGGUGACGCCAAAGCCACAGCUGCCCCAGACGCCCCCAAGGAUGAGCCCAGUGAAGAGAAAGCCCCGUCCUCCCAGGCCUCCGCGGCCCAGGGAGAGCACAAACACAAGGCCGGCGCUCACAGCCUGUUCGGGGAGCUGGAGCACUACGACCUGGACAUGGACGAGAUCCUGGACGUGCCAUACAUCAAGUCCAGCCCCAUGUCCACCACGCUGCCCAGAGCCACGCAGGACAAGAGGAGCGCAGGAGGCAUCAGUGCGAGUGCAGCUGGGACUCUGGAGAGGAACCAGAGGGGGAGUAAAGGCUCUGCUCUCCCCCACAGCGAGGCCCUGUCUCUGGGCAGCAGCAGCGCGCAGACACCGUUCUGCGUCUUGUCUCCGGUGAAAUGGUCGGACCUCAGAAAGUCUCGCUCCAUAGAUCCAGACCUCCAUCACCUCCACCGCCCAGGGGCCUCUGCCAGCGCCUUCACCCCCACAGACGCGCAUGUUUCUGGGCCCCUCAGCUGCUCCUCCUCCCUCUCUUCUUUCUCUGAUGUUGGAGCUCACUCAGAAAAGCUGCUGUCGGCUCGUGUGUAUCCGGACGUGCAGAGGGUGGAGGCAGCGAGCUCCAGUCUGAUGUUUCCCCAGGCAGGAUGCACCGUGAGCAGGCAGGACGCGUCUAAGCCCUGGACCCCUGGAGGACCGGCUCCGGAGAUGGACGAGGAGACCAAGAGGAACCAGAACAUCCUGAACAUCGUGAGAGAGGGACAGAUCUCUCUACUGCCUCACCUGGCGGCCGAUAACCUGGAGCUGAUCAAAGACGACCAGAACAACAACCUGCUGCACGUGUCGGCGUCUCAGGGCCACAGCGAGUGUCUGCAGCACCUCACCUCGCUGAUGGGGGAGGACGGCCUCAACGAGCGCAACCGCGACCAGCUCACCCCCGCUGGGCUCGCCGUCAAGAACGGGCACUUGGAGUGUGUGCGCUGGAUGGUGAGUGAGACGGAGGCCAUCGCGGAGCUGAGCUGCACCAGAGAGUUCCCAAGUCUCAUCCACUAUGCAGCGCAGUACGGACAGGAGAAGGUUCUGCUGUGGCUGCUGCAGUUCAUGCAGGAACAGGCCAUUUCUCUGGACGAGGCCGAUCCCCACGGCAACACAGCAGUACACACCGCCGCCCAGUACGGACACCUCACCUGCAUACAGACGCUGGUGGAGUACGGCUCCAACGUGACGGUGUUGAACCAGCAGGGGGAGCGUGCGUCGCAGUGCGCAGAGCAUCACGGACACACCACCUGCGCUCGCUACCUGGUCGUCGUGGAAACCUGCAUGAGUCUGGCCUCGCAGGUGGUGAAGCUGACCAAGCAGCUGAGCGAACAGGCAUCAGAGAGGAUGAGUCUGCAGAAGCAGCUGCAGAGGCUCAUGGAACCAAGCAAGACUGAGAACACGCCCAACAGGUCUCCAGGUUCCCAUCAUGCCUCGGUGGACGCGUGGCCUGAGAUGCUGCUGACUGCGGAGGUGAACCCCGGAGAUGGUGCGUGGACAGUGAGACAGGGCAGGGACUCUGAAGCUCCGUGCCCCAGAGACAGGCUCCCUGUGGCGGGUACAAUGAGCCGUGACGCCCCUUUACCUCCGGCUCCCCCUGGAGGCCCCCGCAGGACCGCCCUCAAACUGGCACGCUUCAAAAACCUGAACCAGCGGACCAUGAGCGAGUCAGACUCCGAGAACGUGAGCGGAGACGGCCAGAGCAACUAUGGAAUCCUGCCUGAGGAGGUGAAACUCGCCCCCGCCCCACGCCCCUCCCACCUGCCCCUCUCUGACGACCAGUCCGUCCCCGACCACCUGCAGCUCAUGAUGAAGAAGCACCUCCCGCACUCGCUCUCCUCAUCCUCAGACCUGCGCAAAUCUGCCUUCUCCUUGCGCGAGUCCAAAUCCGCCGACAGUUGCUACUCCCUCAGCGACCAGACCGGAGACUCCAGCACCAUCAGCACCGAGGACAAGGCGGCCACCAGCCCCAAGAGCGCCCUCAAAUCCCCCUCGUCGCGCCGCAAAACCUCCCAGAACCUCAAACUCAGGGUCACAUUUGACGAACAGAUGAUCCACAAAAACAACAGUACCACUCCGGGCCAGCAGGAGGCGGAGCCGAGCAAGAAGAGAUCAUUCGGGGCGUUUAGGUCCAUCAUGGAGACACUCAGUGGAAACAGCAAUCACAACCGGGUCCAGGGAGACGGGGGCCAGGUCUGCGGAGUCCUGGAGCCGGUCUUUGGGGUCCAGACUAAUGCUGGUGCAGCGUCGAUGCUCGUUCCUCACUCCGCGGCUGAAGAAUCACAGCUCAAAGCCCAAGCAACGAGUCGUUCAUUAACAGAAGAGGAGCUCGUUUAA